CUUCUUCACCAGCACCUGGCAGAGCGCUAUGGCAGCGCCGUUUGCUUCACAUGCGUCCCUCCACGGCCCUACGCGUCUCACACGUCUGCCACGUGACGCGUCGUCGGGAGACGCCGCACGUGGCGUUUCGUUUGGAUGAGCCGCUUCUUCCACGGCGGUGGGGAGACUUGCUGGGCCUUGUGGCCGGAUGCGGAGUAAAGGCGGCGAAGCACACGAGGAGGUGCCGGGCACGGGCAGUGCGGGCGCUCGAGGAAGCCGAGAAGGGCGAGGAGUUGGAAGAGUUGGAAGAGUUGGAUGAGGUGGAAUUCGUCAUGAGUCCCGAACGGCAAGAGGCAGAACAGAUGGCCGACGAGCUCAUUGACGGCUCGGAGAUCAUCCGCUGCGGCACAGGCGUCGCGGAAGAAACGCCCUUGCCAUGUGUCGCCGUGUGCGGCGUUGGCACGCUCGAGGAGGAGUCCGUGGGGGCUGCGGUACAUCAAGAAUUCCAAGUUUUCAAAGGUGAUGGCCCUGAGGCGCCGGUGUGGUUCGACCUGCUGGGCGUGGUCCAGCGCAGCUGGGAGGACCUGGACCAGGCGAUGGCCAGAUGCCGCACCAUGGUGGUGUGUCCACCGUUAGGGCUGAGCGAUCGCCGCAAGGUCAAAGCGAUGAGAGAUGGUCUCAAGAUCUUGCUGGACAGCUGUCCAAGCGCCCUGAAUCGCAUCGUGAUCCUGAGCCAAAUUGGUGCUCAGGCAGGUGGUGGUGGUUUCAAUGUGGGCUCCUUCUUCGGCGUGGACUUCAAGAGUGGCAGCUACGGAAGUUUGGAGGACGAGGUCACCGUCUACGCGCGGAAGCGGCCGCCCAGUCAGCCCUUGAGCGUCCUGGUGGUCCGAGCUGGUGACCAGGACGUCCGGCCCGGUGUGGUGCAGGUGAGUCUCAACGAGGAGUCAGGCAAGACCUCGCCGGAGACGGUGGCGGCUGCCAUGUUCAAUGCAGUGUUGUAUGGAGUGAAUGCGAAUUUCACGGUCCUGGACCGGUGGCAGGGGCGCCGCAUGGCCUGGGGAGAAGUGCUGUUGCCCUGUGUGGGCCCAGAGGUGUGGCGGAAAGAGGUGCCGGAUGCGAGGAAGGCCGCUCUUUUCGUGCAACAGUGGGCCUCAACCUUCAUUGAUGGCUCCUUUCGCUUCGGCAUGAAGACGCCCAUGGAGCAGAGGCCAACGCCUUCGGGGUGCGAACUGCGCUUCCGCCCGGUGGGCACGCCCUCCGCAAAGACCAUGGAGGAGUUAGAUGAAGGAGGCUUGGAGUUCCUGGCGGAGCUUGCGCCAGAUGGCACUCAGCGGCUGCGCUGCCGCCGAGUGGCGUACAGCGCCAAGGCAGAGCCUCAGCUUGACCAGAGGUGUGCCCGUGCCCGAAUGCCUUUUGUGCUAGUUUUUGUGCUUAGAGCUCCAGCCUCCAGCAGGGAACCAUUAGGCUUAAGGCAGCCCUGAGGUGUUUGGGUGGUAUAACAACUGAGUCUGCCAGUUUAAGUGCAGGAAAAGAUAGAAAGACAUUGUCGACAUUUUAGGAGCUGCUGUUUUUUGGAAGGGCGCUCAACUCACUUCUGGCAUCCUCGUGCUCAUUUGGUCAUGCUCCUUGCACUUCAAGACUUAGGCUCAAGGUCAUAACUUUUGAUUAUUCUUCAAGAUCCAGCCCAGAACUUCCAACAGCAAAACUAAUUAAACUAAAGGAGGCGCAACCAACAACCAGAAGCAAGGAUCGAUGACAAAGAAGAAUGGAUAAUCCGGAGAUUGAACCCGGGGCCUCCCGCAUGCUGAGCGGGUGUGAUACCACUACACCAACUGCCCUUGCAUAAUUGGCCCCAGGCUUGCGGAUAGCAGAAACGCAUGUCAAAAAUAGAACGGCGACAAAGAGGCCCGGCAUGUUAAAGGAAGCGCGUGGUCGAACAAUUGACGACGCGCCGCUGACGUCAAGUCGGUUGGUUUUGUUUCAGACUUGACUAGACUUGACUCAGCCCGUGCCCAUCAAGCAGCACAUCAUGAGUUAUAGGCUCUAUUUACUGACCCGAAGCCGGAGCGGCUUUGGAUGUGAGGUGAUCAAAGCCAACUCGGAGCGAGCAUUGCUGCAACAGUUCCAGCGGGAUGCUUUGGAGUGCUAAUUUUGUCUAAUUUUGGUUAUUUUUGUGUUGGUCCCGGCUGCGUUUCCUUGAAAAGAAUGGUUUGGAACAUGUUUUUGUUUCAGUAGGGAAGUGGCCCUUGAGUGCAUGCCAGGACUGGGCCGAAGCUAUGGGGGAGUCCACAUGGACGAUCUUUUGAUGCGAAAAAAUCAAUGGAUUCGCUACCGUGUGGGUGGAUUUUGGAAUCGAUGUUCUACGUUGAUGGGAGAUGUUGGGGGGAAUCCAAACCCAGACAAGUUGGGAACAUAACGUUUUUCAUUUUUUGUGUGCAUGCAGCAUUUGUGUUUACAAUGAAUUGUUGAGGACACCAACCUCCUACCUGAAAGAGUUGUAUUCACAUGACAGGGCAACCCUUGUUCAAACUGACCGCCGUAUAUAGAUGGUUCCAAAUUUCAAGUCAAAAACCAGGUGAACCUUGUUGAAGGAAGGAAGGUUGCGCC